AAAGACGGAGUAAUCCAGCAGGCUGUAACUAGCAGCAGUGUGUGAUAGUGAUGAUGAGGAUGAUGAUGGCGCCCCGCCCGGAUCACAGUCACACAGACUUACUGGCGCCAUCUCACGAUAUCCAGCCAAAAUGAUCAUCACGUGUGUGGCAGUCAUUAGCACCGUCCUGUGUUCAGCUUGGUCAUCAACCAUUAAAGCUAAAGAUGAACACCGCACAGCUUUCUUUGGAGAGGAUGUUCAUAUUCCCGUGACGGCUUUAGACACAUCAGAGGUGUUGUUCAAACCGAGGGUGGAGCCGGUGUUAGAGCGGGUUCUCCUGCGGAACGGGACAAUUCUGGAUAACAGAGCCAAACUGAACGUUCACAUCAGCCAUUUGAUCCUGGAGGAUGUGGGCGAGGAGGAUGAGGGCACGUACGUGGUGAAGAAUUCUGCGGCCCCAUCUGAUGUCAGACGAAUCAUUCUCGUUGUUAGAGACUGUGCACUAGAGACUGUGGUGAAAUAUGGAGACACGUAUCAUAUCCCGAUCAACCCUGCGAUCGGUCCGUACACCCUUGAGUUCAGGCCUGGAGCUCUGACUCCAGUUAACCAGACCACAGAGGAACCACCUGUGGUUCUCCUCAACCAGACCGGCGUCCCCACGGAACAGUACGAGAACCGCCUCACCGUGGGCGAGAAGAGGGUCAACCUCCAUCUGGUUACAGGGGCCGAUGAGGGCAGCUACACCAUCGUGGACAGGGAUGAAAAAGUCAGACUGAGGGCCUGUCUCAACGUGAAAGAUCAUCAGAUCUUUGACCACUUGAAUUAUGGUGAAACCUUUAAGAUCAGGCUUCACGCGGACCACGACAAAGUCAAACUGGUCUACAUCCCGGACUCUGACCACAAAGAACGACUCAUCAUGGACCAGGGAGAGCUGACUGUGUCUGUUGAAUCUGUUUUUGAUGGUCGAGCGUCUGUGGAAGGAUCCGUAUUCUACUUGAAGAAGGUUAAAGCCAGCGACAUGGGUGUCUUUCGAGUGAUGGACUUCUCAGGCUUCCGUAUAGCUGACGUCUACCUUAACGUGGAGCCCUAUAAGCUGCCACAACUCUAUGUGGCGAUCAUCUCCCUGCUGUCUCUGCUGGCGUUCCUGCUGUUGGUGUGUCUGCUGUCCUGUCUGAUCAAGGUUCACCGCCGGGCAGAUAGAGCACGUAAGCUCUCCCUAAUCGCUCAGCAGGCGGGCAAGGGUGACGGUGAUGCUUUCAGACAGGUGGUUCAUGAAGUUUAUACUAGAUUCACAGAGGAGUCCACUGGGCAGUCCACAUGGGAGAACACCACUGAGAGCACAGAAGUUGAAAUCAAAGGUCUUGAGGUAUCAAAACCAGGUCAGUACCACGCCCUCCAAUCUGACAAAAACUUCCUGGAUAUGAACGACUCAGGCGUGGAGUUCACCUCGUCUGCGCUUCCUCUGGACAGUGACACAGACGUCCCCGACAAUCUCACCUCUCACAAGCUCCUUCUUGAGCCUGACACUCUCGCUGGCGUCCCCCCGACCAUUUCUGAGGGCGACCAUAGUGCCACUCGCACCCCUGAUUCCAUUCUGAGCGCCAGCCCUGUUGUCCCGCCCAAAUCUGGGGCUCAGAUAGAUGGCGACUUGAUCGGCGCAACCACGCCUGAGGAAAUGGCGAAUGAGUUGGAUGCAAAGACCAGCAAAGAUGCUUCGCCACAUUCUGAGAAAGCCACUACAUUGGAUCCAACUAAUGGAACCACAACCUGAGCACUCCAAAUGAAGUUACACUAACCAACAUCUAUUACACAAGUGCGGCCACUUUUCAUUCGCAGCAUCUCAACAUCUUACACUUCUAAAAUUACACCUUGCUUGGACUCAUCUGAUGCUUAACAAAUGGUUUGUCGAAGAAGCAAAAAUAGAAGAAGAAUCCAAGAGAAGACAGCACUUGCAAAAAAACUAAAAAAACUAAAAAAAAAAAACUUUGAAGAACGGAAACGGUCCUGCACUAUGCAUGCAUUUGAAUUACUGAGGAGUUCUUGACUAGUUUAAAGCCAAGUGCUAGAUUAGGGUGGCCAUGUAGUGCAUGUGAAGAAGAAAAAAACACAUCACCUGUGAGUCUUGACGAUACUUUUCUGUAACUUUAUUUAGCCAUGCCACUAGAACUUUUACAAGAGUGUCAAACUUCCUGAAACUCCAAGGACGCUUCAAGCUACACCUGAAGUGGAUUGUGAAUGGAUAUCUUACUCACAUAUUUUUCAAGCAGUUCAUCUACAAAAUGCCAAAAGAAUAUUUUUUUGAGUCACUCAUCAAGCUCAUUUCAAGACCAACCUGAAUGCAUCUCACCGGCAAACACACUUUCCCAGCGCUUCUCCUGGUGUGAAUGCUCCCUUUUUGACCGUCUGCAUUCGCCUCCAGCUUUGAAGUGCUGUGCUGAUAAUCCCUGCCAAUGGUAAACUAAACACCUUGAUGAAUCAGGUCCGCAUGGAUGACAGGUAUCUGAUACGGGGGCUUAACACUGUAAAUAGGAUCAGCUGUGGUGGAGGGUUUUGGCCCUGGUUCAGAGGAACUCCGCUGAAGAAACGGCUCGUCUCAGCAGUUUUAGGAGCUGACUCCACUGGGGUUUCUCCACAACUGGGCCUUUCCGGUGAUCUCUUUUCUUGCGCUUCUCAUGUGAUCCUUUAUUCUCUCUCAUUUGAAUAUAUUUUAGCUGCUCUGAGCUUUGUAAGACUUGCAGAAAUUUGCUUGAGAAUCAUAUACAUUGACAUUUAUUCAUGAAGAAUGAUUCGCAAUAAGAAGCAAUGAACUU